AUGCAACCAGUCCUUCUUUCCUUGUUAGCCUUGGCUGGCUUUUCCAUGGCUAUCAAAAUACCAAUACAGAAGGUCGAGAGCUCGCGUCUGGACCGGCGAAGCGGUGGUGCUGCGGUUUCCGCGCCGAAACCCUUUUCAAAGCUUGUCAACAGUCAGAUCUUGGCUGCUUCUUCGUCCACCAAUUCUACCUUGUCACUGAGUAACGUGCAAGAUGUCAUUUAUAUCGCUAAUGUUACUAUUGGAGGUGUCGAAUAUCCUGUGCAACUCGACACAGGCUCGUCAGACUUAUGGGUCCAUCCUACAACUACACCCUUACCCAAUGCCACACUCACUUCAAUUUCACAAAACCUAACGUAUGGCAUAGGCUGGGCAUACGGCCAAAUUGCGUAUGCACAGGCGGAAUUUGCAGGGAUAUCCGUUUCCCAACAAGCUUAUCUAAACGUCUCAGCGGCGCAGAACCCGGCGCUGUCUUAUGGUGCCGCGGGUGUUAUGGGCCUCGGUUUCAAUUCACUUUCUGUUAUUGACGGCGUCAUAAAUAAGACCGGUGCCUCAACAGGACGGACACUACUCUACAAUCUCUUCCAGGAUAAUCCAAACGAACCUAACUUCAUUGCAUUCUCUCUCCAGAGUUCUACUGAUGAUGAUGGCAUUCAGGGAAGUUUUGCUGUCGGGGAAACGGACCCCCAAUAUUCUAACGUGACUAAUACCAACAAGAUUCCUACCUGGCCGGUCUCCUCCCCAACAAGAUGGACCGUACUAUUGGACUCGUUCAUUGUCGGUACGCAGACGAACGACGUAUCUUCAACCGUUCCAGGGGUGGCAUCGAACAAAGCAGUUGUGUUACUUGACAGUGGAACAUCUUACACGUAUGCGCCAACUGACGUUUGCACUGCAAUUUAUGGUGGUGUGGCCGGUGCCCAAUAUGACUCCAGUAUUGGACAAUGGACCGUCCCCUGUAACGCCGAAAUAGACAUGGCCCUCCAGAUCGAUAACCAGAUCUUUCCCAUCCAUCCACUUGAUGUCUCACCAACAACCCCGGGCGAUUCCAGUACUUGUGUGGGAUCCUUCCUUCCCCAAACGGACUCGGUCGGUGCGGGACAAUUCGAUUGGCUAAUUGGUGAUAACGUCCUGCGUUCUGUCUACGCUCUCUACGACUUCGGCGACUUCGAUUCUUCGGGCAACAUGGGCAAUCCUUACAUCCAGUUGUUAGCGCUCGUUGAUCCCAAUCAAGCUUCUGCGGAAUUCCAUGCCGUCAGAGGUGGUACUCCUCUAACUAAUAUCACUUACAAUGUCUCGAAUUCUGGCAGCGGCGUCACCACGGUCUCACUCUCGACUGACGUUGCUAAUACCAUCGCCAAGUUGUCUCAGUACCUUCCAGCGAUCCUCGGUGUCAUGGCAUUAAAUGCCCUCGUUCUCGUCGUGCUCACAAUUGUUGGUUUCGUCCUGCUGUGCAGGCGUCGCAACAAGGUUCGAGCACGAAAGACACCAGGCCGCCUCAGUCCUAUGCCCUUGAGUCACACCUCCCUGAACAGAUUUUCGGGUAUGCCAGAGCAUGCUGGUCCACAUACUUACGAGCCUGUAUCAAUGGCUCUGACAGAAGAUACACUUUUCGCCCCCCCGUCUCCGGCGUUCAAAGGGGAAGCAAGAUACUCAGAACGUCCAAAGUCAGUAGCGUAG